AUGGUGUCCGCGUCGUUGUUUUUGGCGGCGUUCACGGUACUACAAGCCUUCAAGGCACAGACGCCCCGGGCCGUCCGCGCUCGCACACAGCUCAAGUGGCUGAUCAACACAGGGGACCUGGCGAGCGGCUGGCCUCCAACCGCCCGGACCGAUCGCGGCGACGCCGGUUCAAGGUGCGACCGUUGCAAGUCCGCGAUGCCGAACACCGUCACACGGCUACAAAUGAUUCGCGGCGGCACCACAGCCGUUCUGGUUAUGCCCACCGGGGACGGCGGUCGCAGGUGUUGUAGCGGAACGCCGCAGUUCUCGCUGGGUUUCGUGGACCUCGUGCACGGCGUCAACAACUUGUACCCGGCCGUUCGUCCGUUUCCCGACUGGCGGCCGUUCGUGGACAUCGCGGACCCGUUACGGCGACCGGACCCAAGCGAAUCGGACGUGGCCGAACUUGUGCGGGAAACCGCGGCCGAAGGCCGGUCGCGUAUUCCGUUUCACGAUACUUCCACCAGCCGAUAUCGCGGUGACGGCGCCGACAACGGUGACGAAGGCCAAUGUCGUCGAUACCGAAUCGUCAACGUGGUGGACGUGUUCCUGGACGAACGAGGCCGACUCCUUUGGGUCUUAGACACGGGCGACGUCGGUCAAGACGCAUGUUUCGAUAACACACCGUCUGGCACCGACCGAUCGUCGUUUAAGCCGGCGAGUGCGGACGACUCGUCUCCGCCGAAAUUCUUCGCCAUAGACGUGUACACCAAUCGGGUAAUUACUAUGAUCAGAGGAUGUAGGCGCGUAUACAUGUUAUAGUAAACAAAUCUGAAAUCAAAGAGAAAUCAUUUAUGUCGACCGGAUUGGGGGAAAUGGUUUUUUCUUUCUAUAAAUAUAAACAACACGGUAUUUAUAUUAUUUUUAGACCAUCAGCGUUGUAAGUCUGUCGCGGAUGUGGAGACCCGGUGUGAGCUGUUUCCAAUACAUCGUGGCCGUGUACCCGGAAAAUCGUAUCGGUGACCAAUUUGACUUCGGGACCCGCGAAAGCUGUGCAAAUUGGCCACUGAUAGUGAUCGGGGACGCGGGCACCAAUCGUUUGCUGGUGUACUCGCACUGCAAAGACAAGUUCACGGAAAUCGUGUUACCCGUUGAAGAACACAACGACGAGGGCGACGGCGUCCGGUCGACCGUGAGAGGAACGUCGUGGCAGCGGCGCCGCCGCAAGUGGCCGACACCUCCGAUCCGGGACAUACUUUACGUGGUGCCACUGUACCCGCAGUCGAGCCAAUCGAGACUGUUGAUCACUUACCACGGCUGUCGGGAAGUCUAUAAACUCCGCUUGCAGGUGUCGGUGUACAGUUCGCCAACCGCGGACACGACGCCGCCGGUGACGGGCACGUUGACGGUGCUAGGCCGAAAGCCGUGCCGGAUGGUCAUACUGGGAACGGACCGACGCCGGACCGACGUCGGCGGUGGUUUCGCUGGCGGCGGCACCACCGUGUACUUUCGGCUGGAAAACACUAAUGACAUAUGGUCGUGGGACGUGAGCACCGCGAGGAAUAACGAUUGUGGCUCGUCGGCCGCGUACAUCGACGAACGCGACUUCCGAUUGGUAAGAGUGGGUCGAACGUGUCGCGUCCCGGUGGCGGUGUCGGCAGCCGCGGUGGUAGCCGCAACCGCCGGUGGUGACGGUGACGGCGCCAUUAAUAAAUGUCACACACUCGCCGGCACCACCGUCGCGAAACAAGUGCGACAACUCAUGUGGAUGCUGGAAACGAAUUUCGUCGAUCACUACGCGGGCACCAUGGACCGCAUGGGCGUCAACGCUAAACUGCAACCCGUGGACGCUCAUUCCGACGACGGAGAACAGGCGAACACGCGACUGCGAGUGCAACCGAACCGCGCCAAUGGCCGGACCCCGAGAUCGUCGAUUUGCCGAAAGUUUUCCGAUUUUAAACGCCAAGUCGGAUAA